AUGUCCGCAUCUUCUUCCCCUCCCUCACCACUUCCACCUCCUACGACCAUCUUCUCUUUGAUACAAGAACUUCACAACACUAUCAAUGACUCUAUAGACACAGCUUUAUCAUGGGAUCAGCUACAGUCCCCUCCAAUCAAUUACACUCUGGUCCGGCCGAUCGUGCAGCGCUUUGAACCCAAAGCGGACGAUGAGAAACGACAGGCGGCCUCCACUCCUUCUUUGGCUUUACCUAGAGCGGAAGAUGGUGGAGAAUCGGGAUUGCCCAAGAAGCCAAUUGCUAGUGAGAUGGAUGGACCAAGUCUUGGAAUGGUCCUCUACGCUCUUAUGGCCAAUAGGAUACAAUACAUCUCGCUCUCAGCGGGAGACCUAAGUUAUGAGCCUCUACAGACUACUCGUGCAGCCUUUUGCGAGCUUCUAGCAAUCAAAAUACUUCGUACAUUCCCGCAUCCCGAGGAUGAAGCCCCCCUGGUCAGUGAGCUCGUCCGCGGCUAUUGUGCAUUUGACGGCGCACCAGAAGAAGUCUGGACCAGUAUGGGUGACGAUAAAGAGAACAUAGAAGAAACAACAGGGAGUGCAUUGGAAUUGGCCAUCGUAUCAACAUCUAAACACUUCCUUUCACUACCUCUGAUUCAACAUCUAAUCAAUCUGAUUUAUACUGGUCAAUUGAUAUAUUCACCCAUAUCAGCUCGAUCAAUAAUCACAGAUUCUUACGUUUCCGAAAGAACCCGUCAACGCCGUCGACCUUCUACAUCUCAUGGCAUAGUCGCCACAUCUGGAUUUUCUUCUAUGGCAGGGAACGAGCAAAUUCUAGAUGACCCAAUCAACGGGAAAGACGACGCAGAAGAUUUAGCCGAAGUUUACAUGUACAAUCCUUAUGAAGCAGGAUGGUUGGACCAUCAAAGGUUAAAAGUACCAAAAUGGAGAAAAACGAUAGAAGCUGGAAGUUUCGUUAUUCUCAUGGCAUUAUACGUCUCUACACUAGCGGCCAAGGACUUGAAUCAUAUUCAAGUAAUUGAAAUUAUCUAUAUCAUAUUUUCAUUUGGGUUCAUCUUAGAGGAAUUCGCUGCGUCAAAAGAGCAUGGGUGGACAGUGUAUGCUGCCAAUGCAUGGAACGCAUUUGACAUGGCUUAUAUAUCCAUCUUCCUCCUAUAUUUUGUUCUGCGGAUAUUCGCCUUAGCAUCUCAUUCUCCCAAUACCUCCGAUUUGGCAUUUGACAUACUCGCCAUAGCAGCAUGUAUCAUUUUCCCAAGAUUAGUAUUCUUUGUGGUCAAAGAAAAUGUGGUAAUUCUGGCGUUGCGAGGAAUGGUAGCGUCCUUUGUUCAAUUCAUGAUUGUUACCGUUCUCGCAUUCAGUGGUAUUUGUUUCUGUCUCUGGACACUUGGACGAGCUACUUGGACCGUUAAGCAGAUUGUCUGGCUCAUGGCCCAAAUCUGGUUUGGAUCAUCCUAUCUAGGUUUCUCCGCCAGCUCUUCAUUCCAUCCUAUUUUUGGACCUUUGGUUCUGAUAUCAUAUGCAGCGCUAUGCAAUGUUUUACUCAUCACCAUGCUUAUCGCUAUCCUUUCCAACAAGUUUGCAGCUAUUAAUCAGAACGCUCAUGAGGAGCACCUCUUCCAAAGAGUUGUUAAAACUGUUGAAGGUGUUAAAUCGGAUGCCCUGUUCUCGUACUUACCUCCUGUCAACAUAUUAGCUUUUGCUACUCUGGUACCGUUAAGUUGGGUAUGUUCACCCAGAACGUUACACAGAAUAAACGUAUUUGGUAUUCGAUUAACUAGUUUUCCUAUAUUGAUUGGUAUAUCAGCGUAUGAAAGAUGGAACUAUCAUUCCAAACAAAGAGCUAUACAUCUCAAAAGCUCAACGGUGAACAGAGUGAUGGAUGUUCAACGACCUGGACUACUAGACUCUUGGCUUACUGGGGGAUCUGAGAUUCUGAUAGCAUCAGUAUUCGAAGCUUUCCCUCUGGUCAACUCACCUAGUUCCAGCGGAAUCAUAACUCCACCAAAAGCAUCUGCAGUCAAAGCCUUGCAAGAUUCUCAAGAUGGAGAAGAAGGUGAAAAUAAUGCCACAAAUCAGAAUGGAGCUAUGACUUCAUCACCAAGUAAUUCAAAGAAAGACAAACGAAAAUCAAAAAGUCAAACUCAAUUCGAUAGUCCUUUAGCUAAAAUAUUCGGUCGGUCAACUUCGAUUGAAAGAACCAAAAAUAUCGAAAAAGAUAUUGGUAAAAGUACAAAUGGAAAUAAAGAGCCAAAUAUGACAAAGGAAGAAGUAGAUACUAUGAAAAAAGAGUUGGAGGAAGUUAGAAAAAGUCAAUUGAGAAUGGAAGAAUUGUUGAACAAAGUGUUGGCUGGAACAGGAGCACAGUGA